CUGUUUACGUGGUGAGUGACGUCAGCUGCGCAGCUGAGAGGAGCCUCAAUAGGAGCGAGCAGACAGACGGGCUGCAGGAGGAGCUCACCGGGUUCAGGCACGGCAGCGGCUCUGGGACACGCGCUCACGCAUUCACGCACCCACACGCAGCGCUGAAAUGGGAGUGGAAAUCGAGACCAUCACUCCGGGUGACGGCAGAACUUUCCCCAAAAGAGGACAGGUCUGCGUGGUGCAUUACGUGGGGUUGUUCACAGACGGGCGGAAGUUUGACUCGUCCCGAGACAGGGAUAAGCCUUUCCGAUUCAAGAUUGGUAAACAGGAAGUGAUCCGAGGCUGGGAAGAGGGUGUGGUGCAGCUGAGCGUUGGUCAGAGGGCCAAGCUGACCUGCACGCCCGACUACGCCUACGGAAACAAAGGCCACCCGGGCAUCAUCCCCCCCAACUCCACCCUGGUGUUCGACGUGGAGCUGCUCGGUUUGGAGUGAAGCAGACCUGCAGCCCGUGUGUUGUUUGACUUCACACCAGUGUGAUGAAGAGGAGCUCCGACACGUCUGAUUCUUCACUGUUUCACUACUUAUUUAAUCAAACGAGGACAGUUUGUGUUACCUUGUCUCUGUGGCUGAGGUAUGACACGGGCCAGAAACCCACAUUCAGAUCUGCUUUUUCGUUAUGUGUGUGAGCGCUGCUUGUGCUUUUAUGUAUUUAGGAAGUGUGAGAUCACACUUAGGAAAUGUGAAGAAGAUGCAGAUGAAACUUUAGUAUCUUCAGUGAGUUUGUUACCGCUGAAACGGCCUGCAGAUUUUCUUUUAACGUCUCAGAAACUAAAGUGUAUAAAAAAUAAAAAGUGGGCGUUUCCUCUGACGGGUGAAGUUAAAGCGUCACAGUGCAGCACAGUAAUCGACCCUGAUCCUUAAAACGGGACGUUUUUGGACGAAGCCAGUGUGAGACGAGUAGCUGGCGAGAACAGAAACAAUCCCGGUUGUAGACGUGUGCCUAACUAUGGUCGCCUGGCUCCGCCUGCACGUUCAGGGUCCGAUGCAAACGAGCUGAAAGCUUUGCUUUUAGUUUACAUUUUUACCGCCUUUUCAUCUCCUUUAAACCCUUUUAAAGCCAAACCAGAGUCAGACGGGAUCGACUGGGUCGGAUCUUUUUUGAAAACAGCCUGAAAUAAUUUGCCUUGAAAACGAGGUCAACGUUCUCCUCGUCGCCUCGCUGUGUUUAAACUUGAAUUCUGUCCUUUUUGGUUCUGAGUUUCUGUCUUUGAAAGCCAAAGCGCUGAUCUACAAUCUCCUUUUUAGACCUCUGUCUAAUGGAAGACAGUGUUGUGUUAAACUCAAGCAUCCUAGUGGUUUUUAUACACGAAAGAUCUCGUUUAAAAUGGAGUUUAAAGGAAGGUGUUUGCUGGCACCAACCUUCUGCUCUGUGUGGUGAUGAUGAAAUGUUUCUGUGUGCAGGCUAAACCGACGAUGAUGUCAAAUAAAAUACAAAAACUCCAA